CACUCUCUUGUUACACUAUUUCAUUCUGGCCCUCUUACAGGAAAACGUAUUCACCCGUUCCUUCUCUCUCUAAGAUACAGAUAUAAAAUCAUCUAAAUUAGAGAGGAAGGAAGGAAAAGUAAUACGCUGCAUCUCUCAAUUAAGCAUCAUUAUUAACAUGGAAACUCCAGAGGCAGUGACUCCUGCCACUGGACCCAGAUAUGCACCUGAUGACCCCACUUUGCCGCAACCUUGGAAAGGAUUAAUUGACGGAAGUACGAAUCUUUUGUACUACUGGAAUCCUGAAACAAAUGUUACUCAGUACGAGAAGCCAGAAGCUUUACCACCACCCUUGCCAUCAGGCCCACCGCCACCUCCUACAGUUUCUACACCCAAGAUGAAUCCAGUACCUGUAGUUAGAUCACAGCAACCUGAUGGUGUUCAAGGCCAGCAAAAUCUACAAAUGACACAGAUCCAACAUCUACAAGGGCAACAAAUGAGUUCAUCGUUACAGCAGCAAACACAAGUAGCACCCCCUGCUGCUCAACAGAAAGUAGCACAUACUGAGCUGCAGCAGGGGUCGCAAUUGGGACCUUCCAUGCAACACCAGAGCCAUCUAUCACAACAACAAUUUAGGCCACAACUAAUGCAACAGCCAGGUCAGCAAAUGCCACCCUCAGUGGGGCAAAUCCCUAUAUUGCCAGGGCAGCAAGGACUUCCACAGGGACAUCCACAGUCCACGCAGCAAGUACCUAUGCAGCCAGUGCAACAAACAUCUUAUCAGGGUAUGCAUCAAAUGCCACAGGGGCCGCAAGGGCAGAUGUAUUCAGGUGCUCAAAUGGGUCAUCCACAUGGUUACCCACUUACUCCUCAACAGAAUCAGUACACGUAUCAGCAGAAUAUGCAUCCCCAAGGACCACCAGAUUCCUCGCAACAAGCUCAACAUUUAAUGCAGGGGCAACAGUUUUCCCAUCAACAAGAACAUAAAAUGGGAUUCCCGCCAAGAUAUGAUCUUGAAAUUCAGCAAGGGAAGCAAACUGGGUUUUCUCCAGUCCACAUUCAGCAAACUGGGACACUAUCUGCACAAAACUUACCUGCAAAUUCCAUUCAUGCACCACAUAUUGGCAUUCAGCCUAGUCAAACUAUGCAGUAUGAUCGCUCUUCUGUCAAUGUGCAGCAGAGUGGAGCAGAUUUAGCUGUCAAGUCAGGUGGUUCUAGGUUUCAAAAUGAGACGGGCCACGGUGUCAUUCAUGGGCAGCAGCAGCAGAAUCUGCCCCUUGUAGGAUCAAAGAUGGCUUACGAAGAAAACCCUAUUGGAAGAACUGGAAAUGAUUAUUCUUACAACCUUAAUAAGGAUGGCCGUGCUAUGCCUCAGCAUCCCAAGCUAGCUGCACUACCUAUGCCAAGAACCCAGCAGGAAUCGAGGAUGCGUGAUUUCCCCCCUCAAAAUGUUGCUAUUAAUCUUCCAGGGCAAUCAAAUAGUCCAGCAGGACCUCCAAUGCAUGCCAGCUAUGGUCAUGCAACUGUCAACCCACCAUUUCCAGGAAAUUCUCUUGUGAGGCCUCCUGGAAUGAUGGGACCCUCAGAUGCUAUUCCUCUCUCAGCAGCCGAAAUUUACCGUGAACAGCAUGAAGUAACAGCCACGGGUGACAAUGUUCCUGCUCCAUUCAUGACGUUUGAAGCCACUGGCUUUCCACCAGAGAUACUACAUGAGAUACAUUUUGCUGGUUUCUCUGCUCCCACUCCAAUUCAGGCACAGACAUGGCCUAUUGCUCUACAGAACAGGGACAUAGUUGCUAUUGCCAAGACAGGUUCUGGUAAAACAUUGGGAUAUCUGAUCCCUGCAUUCAUUCAUCUUAGGCGAAGGCAAAAUAAUCCUCUUAAUGGUCCAACUGUGUUGGUUUUGGCUCCAACUCGGGAACUUGCCACCCAAAUCCAAGAUGAAGCAAUCAAGUUUGGCCGAUCAUCUAGAGUCUCUUGCACAUGCUUGUAUGGUGGUGCUCCAAAGGGCCCUCAGUUAAAAGAACUGGAUCGUGGAGCGGAUUUUGUGGUGGCAACUCCUGGGCGGCUCAAUGAUAUUCUCGAAAUGAAGAGAAUUGAUUUUAGGCAGGUUUCUCUUCUUGUGCUCGAUGAGGCUGAUAGAAUGCUUGACAUGGGAUUCGAACCUCAGAUUCGCAAAAUUGUCAAUGAAAUACCUCCAAGAAGGCAAACCCUCAUGUACACAGCAACAUGGCCUAAAGAAGUGAGAAAAAUAGCAAGCGAUCUGCUUGUUAAUCCAGUCCAGGUGAAUAUUGGCAGCGUUGACGAACUUGCUGCUAAUAAAUCUAUCACACAGUAUGUUGAAGUAGUCCCUGAAAUGCAGAAGCAAAGACGCUUGGAACAAAUUCUUAGAUCCCAAGAGCGUGGUUCUAAAGCCAUUAUAUUUUGUUCAACUAAAAAGUUAUGUGACCAGCUGGCACGUAGCCUAGGACGUAAUUUUGGGGCUGCUGCAAUUCAUGGAGACAAAAAUCAAGGUGAAAGGGACUGGGUACUGAAUCAAUUCCGAACGGGCAAGUCCCCUGUUCUAGUUGCCACUGAUGUUGCUGCUCGGGGCCUUGACAUAAGAGACAUAAGGGUAGUGGUCAACUACGACUUUCCAACUGGGAUUGAAGACUAUGUUCACCGCAUUGGAAGAACUGGGAGGGCUGGUGCUACGGGUAUUGCCUAUACAUUCUUCUCAGAGCAAGACUGGAAAUAUGCAGCUGAUCUUGUUAAAGUCUUGGAGGGAGCCAACCAACCUGUGCCUCCCGAGGUGAGAGAAAUAGCUUUACGUGGUGGUCCUGGUUAUGGCAAAGAUCGAGGUGGAGUAAACCGCUUUGAUUCUGUUGAUGGUGGUGCGCGUUGGGAUUCUGGUGGUCGAGGUGGCAUGAGGGACGGUGGCUUUGGUGGUCGUGGUGGGAUGAGAGAUGGCUUCGGUGGACGUGGUGGGGGGAGAGAUGGUGGCUUCGGUGGACGUGGUGGGAUGAGAGAUGGUGGCUUCGGUGCACGGGGUGGGAUGAGAGAUGGUGGUUUCGGCGGACGGGGUGGGAUGAGAGACGGUGGUUUCGGUGGUCGUGGUGGGGUGAGAGAUGGUGGCUUUUCUGGUGCUCGGAUUGGUUGGGACAGGAAUGAACGUGGUACACGUGAUCAGUAUCACAAUUUAGACGUGCCAGGGCGUGGUAGGGGCAGGGGGCGGGGACGAUUUGAUAACAGGAGAGAGAUUUCAGACAGGAAAAGAGAGAGAAGUUACAGCUCUAGUCCUGAGAGAGUUCGAACAUGGGGUUAUAGCCGAAGCCGUAGCCGUAGCUCAAGCAGGAGCCGCAGCAGGGAUAGGAGUUAUAGCAGGAGCCGUAGCUGGUCUCGCAGCCGUAGUCGCUCUCGCAGCCGUGGUCGGUCUCGCAGCCGCAGCUAUGAUAGAUAUGAGAGGAGGCCGCCACGCAAAUCUAAGUUUGAUCAGAUGGAUGUUUCGGUCCCUAAUGUUUCGGCUCCUGAAUCUGGGACAUCUGCCACAUAUCUGAGCACACAAGGCAAGGAAUUCUCUGGAGCCGAGCCAUUGGAGCGGGUUCCUUUAGCUGCCAGUGUUAAUACCGGCUUCCCUGAUGCUGGAUCUAACCCUAGCAAUCCAGCAACGGAACCGUAAAGUAACACUUGUGAAGAUGGGUUCGUAAUGUGAGGAAGCACAAACAUUUGGGUGGGCGUUCAAUUCGAUUGUCAGUGUGCUAUUCAGUGUUUCUUAUUUAAGGUUGUUUUUCCGGUGACAAACCUAUAUAGUCCAUCAGACUAAAUUUCAUCUUAUUGCCCUCAUUCGUCUUUCAACGGUUUUGGUGAUGGGUUUAUUGUACCGGUAUAUUUUCCGGUUUUUUAGCCGAGGAUAUUUUAAUCUAAUAGGAAUACUUGAGACUGAUUCUCUUUUUGUUUUUAACAUUCCUGUUUUAACUAAGAGAAGUUUGUUGUGCUGCUGCCUUGUAUUGUGCCCUCCAAGUGGAGUGGGAGUGGAGGGGAAGAUAUGCUUGUUCCUUUCUUUCUUUCAGUCUUGUAAGAAUCUUUGAGGUUCUGUA